UUCUCCCGCUGCCUACUAUCUUCUCUACAAGUACAGGGCUCAGAAGCAAUGGCUCGGAAACGUAAAAAUCGCACGCACUUGAAGGGUGGACCAGCCUCUGGCGCCGAAUCGUCCAACGCGCCAAAGUCGUUCGUGAUCAAGCACGGGCAGGUCGGCACUUCGCUCACGCAGCUCGUGAGGGAUGUGAGGAAAGUGAUGGAGCCGAAUACGGCGAGUCGCUUGAAGGAACGGGCCCGAAACAAGCUGAAAGAUUUCUUAACUAUGGCCCCUGCGCUCCAAGUGACGCAUCUGCUCGCGUUCACACUUACGGACGUCGCUCCGUCGCUGAGGAUCGUCAGGCUCUCGAAUGGGCCGACGCUCAGUUUCAGGAUCGAGAGGUACAGUCUCGUGAAGGAUGUGCAGAACUCCAUGAGGAGGAGUAAGAGCGUCAGUAUGGUGGAGUAUCUGAGUCCCCCUUUGCUCGUCCUCGCCUCCUUCCCACCACCGUCCCCAACAACACCCCCACAUCUCCCCCUCGUCCUAAAAACCUUCCAAUCUCUCUUUCCCCCUCUCUCCCCCAACUCCCUCUCCCUCUCAUCCGCCCGGCGCAUCGUCCUCAUCUCCUACAACCCCGACCGCGGCACGAUCGACUUCAGACACUACCGCAUCACCGUCAAACCCUACGGCGUCUCCAAGCGCGUGCGUCGUGUCCUCGAGGGCGUCUCUGCCUCGCACGACGUAGUAGAUCUGGGCAACGAGAAAGAUGUCGCGGAUUUCUUGUUGAGAAGGAAGGGUGAGCCUGGACCCGGGUCGGAGGGUGGUGGGACUGGAUAUGAGAGCGCGGUGAGCGAUGCGUCGAGUGCGGCGGGAGAGGAUGUGGAGGGACAGACGACGGUGGAUUUGGCGAGCGAUUAUGUGGGGCGGAAUAAUAGGAAGGGGACGAAGAGGGCGGUGAGGUUGGAUGAGAUCGGGCCGAGGAUGGAGUUGAGGCUUGUUAAGAUCGCGGAGGGGAUGCCUGGGAAGGAAGGAAGUGUUAUCUUCCAUGAGUUUGUUAAAAAGUCCAAGGCCGAGACCAAGGCACAAAAGGCAGAACAUGCUGCCAAGGAGAAGUUGAGAAGGGAGAGGAGAGAGGAGCAGGAGAAGAAUGUGCAGAGGAAGAAGGCGUUGGCGGACAAGGGUAAGGGCAAGGGCGAGGAGGAAGAGCAAGAGGAUGGGGAUAUGGAGGGAGAUGAGGACCGUGAGGACGGUCAUGAGGAUGACGACAAUUGGGACGACGAGGAAGAGAUCAGCGAAGGAGAAGGGAGUGAAAAUGAGGCCGCCACAGGUUCAGACGAAGACGACAGCGACGAUGAGCCCGAGAGGCGGCCACCUCCAGCUAAAAAGCCUAAGCUGAAAGGCAAACGGUGAAAUUUACACAUUACAAUAUGCUUGUAUCUCCAUUCUCUUGCAUCCUUUCAUCUCGUCGAGUAAGC